CACCACACGGGCACAGUCAACAUACAGUUCACUUAAAGACUGCACAGUCAUAAAGAUAUUCCUUAGCCGCUGCCACUAUUUUGCAAAAUCUGACUGCCACAGUAAAUCACUUCGGUUUUACGCCAGCCAAGACUUGAUGCUUGUUUUAGUUUGGAGGUUUUGCAUUCUUUCUCCUGUAAUAAAGUAUUCGCUCCUAUUGUGAAAUCUGAAUAAUCCAGAAUCUUGCCAUGGCGGAAACGGGCGAAGGUCGCGUCCCCUGCGGACAGCACACCUGCAUCCCGAAAUGCAUGGAACCCCUGAAAAUCCGCGACAUCACCCUGAAGAACCGUAUCGUCGUCUCGCCCAUGUGCCAGUAUUCAGCCAACGACGGGUUUCCCAACGACUGGCACCUGGUGCAUCUGGGCAGCCGGGCCAUCGGCGGCGCCGGACUUCUGUUCUUCGAGGCCACAGCGGUGUGUCCGGAAGGCCGCAUCUCUCCGGAGGACCUCGGGAUCUGGAAGGACGAACACAUUGAGCCGCUGGUGCGCAUCGUUAAAUUCAUCCGGGAACAGAACUGCGUUGCCGGGAUCCAGAUCGCCCAUGCCGGACGGAAAGCCAGUCAUUCCGCGCCGUGGAAAGGGGACACACUGAUCCCGGUGGAUCGUGGUGGAUGGGUGCGUGUCGCGCCCAGUGCGGUGCCGUUCAAGCCCAGCGAACCAGCGCCCCGGGCGAUGACCCGGGAGGACAUUCAAAAGGCUGUGGAAAUGUUCCGUGCCGCCGCGGAACGUGCGCUGAAAGCCGGGUUCCAGGUGCUGGAGAUCCAUGGCGCCCACGGAUACUUGAUCAACGAGUUUCUUUCUCCGUUGAGCAACAAGCGGACGGAUGAAUACGGUGGGUCUUUUGAGAACCGGAUUCGACUUCUGCUGGAGGUCACCGAGGCGGUGCGGACUGUUUGGCCGGACACUUUGCCGUUGUUUGUCCGGCUCUCGGCCACCGACUGGGCGGACGACGGAUGGACAAAGGAGGACACCGUGGAGUUGGCGAAAGUGUUGAAAACGAAGGAGGUGGAUCUGAUCGAUGUGACCACUGGCGGCAUUGACCCCAAUCCCAAGAUUCCGGUGGGUCCGUUGUAUCAGGUGCCGUUCGCGGAGGCGGUAAAGAAGGAAGCUGAAAUGAUGACGGGCGCGGUGGGACUGAUUAACACCCCCGAGGAGGUGGAGAGUGUGAUCAAGGAGGGCCGAGCGGAUCUAGUGUUCAUGGCCCGCGGGUUUAUUCGGGAUCCGUAUUUUGCGCGACGGGCCGCGGAGGUCCUGGGUUCGCCGAUGGAAUGGAUGGGGCAAUAUCAGCGAACGGGGACAUACAUGCCUCGAAAGGACCGUCAGCAUAUCCUGUCCAAAUAACUGAGAAACAUGACAUUUGCUGAGUUUAUUAAUCAUUCACUGUUUAAGUUUAGAGCGGCACUGUAUUUGCAUUUGGAGUUAAUUUAUUUGGCUGAGCGCUUUGCUCUGGUGAUGGGACGAUUGAGGACAACACUACUCAUAUGCAGACUGUGGAUAAACAUAUUUACCAUUGUGCGCUAUAUUACAAGAAAACAUGUCAUUUCCCGCAUCAACGAACUGCCUAACCAGUAUGUACAUAGCAAUCAAUCGCGACAUUUGUCUGGAUGUACGAAAUAACCG